UUAAGAUUGAUGCAGUCGUAAUGCACUCAUAUUCGUAGUUCUAUAAUAGAUUGAGAAAUUAUCGACAUCAUACCGAUAAUAACAUGAGAGUGAUACAACGACACUGAUAAGCGUUUAUCAUAACUUACAUGAGGAAGUGAUGUGUCCGUCAACGAUCAGACAGGUACGACACAAAUCCACGAACGACUAAUGAGCUCGAACUUUACACUUCUAGACCACCGAUCCGGUUUUCAACGGUCUCAAUGUCUAACAUCAAACCAUCCGCAAUAUUGCGCCACAAUGUCAACCUAUGUUGAUGGCACAUUUUCAAAUAAACUCCAAUUUUUAUUCUAUUUUAUCUUACAGAUAAAUAGUUCAACUACAUUCUAAGCAGUUUCACCUCGGAAUGAUAAUGAAAUAUAUCUCUGUUGUCGUCUUAAUAUUCACAACUCUAUUGCUCAACACUUACAAUGCUAAGGAAGAUGAUUCAUUAGAACCAACAUCAAUUCUAUUCAACUUCACUGAUUCCCAAACCACUGCAUUUGAAAAUUGGAUUGAGGUAUCAGAUGCAAUUCUACUUGGAGGGAGAUCUAAAGCUGCAAUCGUACGACUAAAUGGAACGAAUUACCAAUCGGCAUUAUUGUUCUAUCUACUCAAUCCACGAGAAAAUGGAUCGAGUUUCGCUGGUGUCUACAGGCAAUUGGAUACUCCGGAUAUUUCAAAAUAUACAGGUGUUGUAAUUGAUCUACAUAGACAGGGUGUAAAUUCUAAAUUUCAAUUUAUACUCUAUGGCGAAUGUUCAGAGGUGCGAGAUUGUGUAUCACAUGAGUCGGAAUUCGAGACGCCUGAAAUACGAGGAGACGUGAAAAUACCAUUUAGUAGAUUCAAACCGCACUUUCGUGGAACACCGAAAUCUGACUCAAAUCAUCUAAAUUUAUCUCAUACAUCACGUAUUGGAAUAAAAGUAUAUGGAGGAAGCAAUGCGCCAGAAAACCUAUUUGGUCCAGGUUCCAUCGAAAUAUUCACAAUUUCUGCAUAUAAGUAAGGAGGGAUGCCAGUUUAAACAAACCGAGCUUAUAGGAGUAAUGGACAACUUGAUAUGUAGCGUUUAUUCAUACUAUGAUUAUUUUCGUUUGUAUUAAGCAGUUUUAUCAAUAAAUAUCAUACAUCUACCUACAA